UGCUGUCGUCGGACUAGGUUCUCAAUCAAUGAUGACAGGGGUGGACGUCUCAGCAAUAAUAAUGAACAAUUCCAACUGCACCCUGUGCACCUUGGGUCCUCCACCGGAUACGAUACUUCAUUUGCCUCCACCACCCAUCCCGGCGUUUCUACAACACGGCUCCGAUUUUUAUCCAGGCUCCGAAGUCGCGCCAUUUCCGUUGCAUCUCAAUGACAGUCCCUGUAGGCAUUUUUGCGACUGGCGGUCCGAAGGUGUGCAAUACAUUGAGAUGCCUCAACAAGGUACAGUGUUCGACGACACCUGGUUGCUAGUUCUAAUUUCCUCCUGCGCGGGGGUGAUCUUUAUCGGCAUUAUUCUGGCGACGCUACUUUUAAAGUGCGAAUUUAACGGGGGUGGAAAAAAUGGCGCGAUCUCGAUCCCUGGAACGAAGUCCGGAUUGCAGAGUAAAUCUGGAAGAAUACAGAACGAGGCGGUACUCUAUCCUUGCACCACGGAUGCCAUGCAAGACAGCAGAGUAAUGUGGGCUACUCUUACUCCUCGAGGAACCACGAGACAUUACCUGGAACACACUUAUGAGACUAUCAAUAAUGGACAGUUCCAUAAACGUGCAUGCUCAGCGACCCCGCCCGAACAGACUUAUGUGGAACCACCUGUUGUCUCCCCUGCUCGGCCUCGGCCGAAAGAUGACAAAGCGUUCGAUAACACUGCAUUUGUCGACUACGAGGAGCCGCUUUCGGUCAGAUCGGAGUACUAUCAGUUGGACGACGUGUCGGAGCCCAAUGAAACAGGUAAUUUCGGAACGCACAGAGGAACUCUGCGUCCUCACGUCAGUUCUCCAACCCGAAUCGAGAACCCCAAUUUACCGCCCUUAAAUCUCCACCCCCAUAAACGGGGUUCUCGUAAGGGUUCCAACAGUCAUCACACUUCUGACACCCUGCUCAGGAGCAGCAUCACGUCAUCGACUUACAUUCCUACUAUCUAAGGCGAACUUGGCGCAUUUUUGUAUCCUCUCUACUGUAGCGCGUCUUAUCUGACUCGAGGUGGGACGUAAGUCCUUCCUUUUUUUAUUGUGAUAGUAUGAAACUAGUCGAAAAGUAGUGACUAAGCCAAAGUAUUAAACUGUGUUAGUUGGAUAGAGACUCGACGCGAUUCGUUGCGAAACAAUGGCGGAGUAAAAAUAUCAAGAUGAAG